AUGGCUCGCACUAAGCAAACCGCUCGCAAGUCUACUGGUGGCAAAGCCCCUCGUAAGCAAUUGGCCGCCAAGUCUGCUGCCCGCAAGACUGCACAAGCAGCAACCGGAGGUGUCAAGAAGCCACAUCGUUUCCGUCCAGGCACGGUAGCCCUUCGCGAAAUUCGCCGCUACCAGAAGUCGACGGAGUUGCUCAUCCGCAAGCUUCCCUUCCAACGCCUUGUCCGCGAAAUUGCACAAGACUUUAAGACCGACCUCCGGUUCCAAUCAUCAGCCGUAAUGGCCUUGCAAGAAGCGGCUGAGGCGUACCUUGUAUCGCUGUUUGAGGACACCAACUUGGCUGCUAUUCAUGCCAAACGUGUGACUAUUCAACCGAAGGACCUUGCUCUUGCUAGGCGGCUGCGCGGCGAACGUUCGUAG